AUGACUUACACCGUCGUCCUCUUCGUCACGCGCAACUCCAAUCUCACCUCGGAAGAGUUCAGAGACCACUAUGAACAUACUCACAUUCCCCUGGCCCAUUCCCUGCUCGCAAAUUGUUGGCCGAUCGAUUUCAAACGUCGCUAUCUCGCGCGGAUUAGCCGGAAAGGCUUCGGUGGUCCGGCAAAUCCUGACCGACCACCUCUCAUGCUAAGAGGCCAAAUGAACGAACUAGACUGUGAUUGCAUUGCAGAGAUGACUUUUGAUAGCGAAGCUCGUUUUCAAGAGUUCUACAAGAAGAUAUAUGCAAAAGAGAAUGCAGCCAUCAUGGCAAGAGAUGAGGAAAAGUUCUUGGAAAAAGGAAAGACUCGGGUCAUCGUCAUUGGUGAGACGUGGAGUACGGAUGAACACGGCGUCACUACGAGUGAAAUCGGCUAUGUACGCAAAGACGAGAGGUCAGACAGUGAAGCCAGUGGUAGCGGCCAAAGCUGA